GCCAGAGCAACAGAGGAAUUGGACGUUGGAGGUGAAGAGAGAGGGAAUAUUAUAUAUAUAAAUUAAAAACAUUCUCAAAAUACCUUAAUGAUUAAUACCGUUAAUAUCAUCCAUCCUAACAUCUCAUCUCAGCCGUCCGAUCAGUGACUGAAGUAUCAGUUGACAUAACAUAGGUCGGUUGACGUGUCAUCCACGUAGGAACCGUGUGGAUGAGACAAGCGAUAAGGAGCGACUGCCGACGUUACUCCCAAUCCCAGAACCCUAAAUUCUCGUCCCUCUUUUCGGUGUCUUUCUCGGUAGAUCUCAUUCUCAGAUCAAGUGAAAUGGCGGCUGGAAGAAUUAUCAGCCAGCUUCUAAGGAAAAGGUGGCAGAUUCAAUCAUGUACCCCACUUUUGGUGCCAUCGGCUGCGUCUAAUGCAUAUCAGUCGAGUAAACUUGGAAAAAAUAAGUCUGUAAGAGCAUUGAUGGUCAUUGGAGCAGGAAUCUCAGGUAUAUUCAGCUUCGCCACUGUAGCAACUGCUGAUGAUGCUGAAACAUGUCCUCGCUACCCUUGGCCUCACCAAGGCAUCCUUGAUUCCCUAGUGAAUGACAAUUCUUUAGUCAGACGUGGGCAACAAGUUUACCAGCAAACUUGUUCCUCUUGCCAUUCGUUUUCUCUAUUUUCAAACCGAGACCAUGGUGUACUGGAUGCAAAAGAAGUAAACAAUAAUCUUAUUGUUGAUAUUGAGGUGUUUGACGGACCAAAUGAUGAAGGCAAAACCUUUGUGUGUCCUAGUAAACUAUGUGAUCCAAACUUAGUCUUUAAAAGCGAGAGAACACCUAGGAUUCUGAAUGUGGCACAUACUGCACACUCGAGCUUCAUCACAAAGGCACCAGAUAACAGACAAAGCCGCAUGCUUUCCUUAUUGGCAGGGAACCCUGAUCUUACUGGAAGUUUUUGGAAUCAGAAGUAUCUGCACUAUAACCCUUACUUCUUCAAGGGUGCAACAGCAAUGCCAAAGAUGCUCAUAGGUAGUGCAGUAGAUAACAACUACAAGGCUGCUACCCCUGAGAAGGAAAUGAUUCAGUAUUUUGUCAACUGACUAUUCUACAUCGCAACUUGAUCUUAUCAAACUACGAUAACAUCGAUCUUACGUUCAAUAGAUGGGCAAGGAUGUUGUGGCCUUCUAGUCAUCAAAUAAAGCCAGUAAGUGAAUACUAUUGACUCUGUUGUUCCUGGAUAAUGAAUGCACUUGAUGUUCCAAGUAUUGUUGAAUGAUUUAAAGCUAUGAUUUCCCUUUGUAGUUUUCAUCCAAACAUUAUUUCUAA